UCACUUUUUCCCCGUGCUGUUAGAUACGAGCGCUCCGUCUUUAUGUCUUUGGUUGUUUCGGUUGGUGAUAAUUAGGUCAUGAAUAAUUAUUUAUUUUGAUAAUUUUAUAUUAAUUAUUAUAUCAGGAUACUUGCUGACUAGUGUUAUUAAGAUGUCAGAGUGAGUAAUUAGAACCAAAAUGUCUACUUGAUUCUACCUUCAGGCAUGGGUUGCAAUGAGAGAAAAUCAAGAGAGACCGCCUUUGCGAAAUAUUCUUCUAAAUUUCCUCAAUCACAUCGAAAAUUUGGAGAAGCCGAAUGACUCUGAAGAUAGCUACGAAUCGGAAUUUCAGGAACUCAAAUUAUUUAGCGAAUCAUUGAAACAUGAAGAGGAAUACAGCUGUUCUGAAGGUGAGAAGAGUGUGAACAAGAAGAAGAACCGUUACAAAGAUAUCCUUCCGUUCAACAUUACCCGCGUCAUUUUAUCUGAAUAUGCCGGCAUUCCUGGAAGUGAUUACAUCAAUGCUAACUAUAUUAAGGGUGCUAGUGGCUCUAUGGCCUACAUUGCCUCUCAAGGGCCUCUGCCGAACACUGUCAAUGACUUUUGGCGCAUGGUUGUUCAGUGUGAGGUUCAAGUUAUCAUAAUGGCUUGCAAUGAAGAGGAAUCUGGCAAGCAGCACAAAUGUGAAAACUACUGGGUUGAAAAUGACUCUGAAGAGAAGCAGUAUGGAAUGGUGACAAUUAAGCUUUUGAAAGCAAGCACUAUUUGCCAUGAUUUCUCUGUCCGGACCAUGAAGCUUACGUAUACAAAUCCACAGUCUCAACAUGAGGAAAGAACUGUUUGUCAGUUCCACUAUUGUGCAUGGCCUGAUCAUGGAGUUCCACCUUUAGUGAAACCUCUUCUCGACAUGGUGCGAUUAGUUCGAGACACCCAAGCAUCAGAAACCCUACCAGUGCUUAUUCAUUGCUCUGCUGGCUGUGGAAGGACAGGCACAAUUUGUGCAAUUGACUAUGUGUGGGGACUUUUAAGAGCAGGUAAAUUGACCCAAGACUUCAGCCUAUUUUCUUUGGUACGAAAUAUGCGAAAACAGAGAAUUGCAAUGGUCCAAACGAAGGAGCAGUAUGUUCUUGUACAUCAAGCUGUGCGAGAGUUAUUUCGAGAACAGUUAAAGACAAUUGAUUCCCAUCCGUAUGAGAACAUUGACUGUAAUGGAAUGCCACUCUUCAAAGAUUUAGAUCCUAUCUACGAUUUUGUCAGUGCCCCGCAAGAAGAAAAAGCUGAAGUUAAUGAAAAACAAGAUGAAACAGAGAAAAACUCAGGAAACUCAAUUUCAGCUCCUCUGCUUCCAAGUAAGAAAAGGAUUCCACACAUUGCAUCUAAAGAAGAGAAAGAAGUUGAAAACUUGUCAGAAAAGCAGAGGUUGGUAGAACAGGGUGAAUCAAGCUGUGAAAAUGUGGGGUCCAGCUGUGCCGAAAAUACAUCAAAACAUGGAGUAAAAACUACCAAACUAAAAGCUUCUUGUGAAAAAAGUGGCCGUGAUAGAAGGUGUAGUACUGCUAAACAGUCAGCCAUGUCUCGGAGUCAUUCAGUCGGCACAGUUCAUAAGUCUGGUCUGGAUGGGAAGGAAAAAGCUCUUACUCCAGAAACGAAAAGGCUGAAACCAGCUAGAUUAAAUUUAACUCCAGGGCAGCUCCCAAAUAUUUUAGCUGCUAAUGAUCAUCAAACUGCAACUGUUCAACCAAUAGUCUCCCCUAAACAUUCAAAGAAAAGGUCACAGACAGUAAUCAAAGCCCACAGUAGUGGCAAGUCAAAAUUUAUUGCUCAGAUAAGGAGAAGUAAGUCAAUGAAGGCCAUCAGAAGUGACGAGUGGAAUGUAUUGACUUCUUUGUCAUCUGACAAGAAGCAUACAGAACCCAAUACCUGUGAUAUUAUUUGUAGCAGGGAAUGUAUGGCAUCUAGUAGUACAGCCAAUGUCCUCAGAGAAAAAAGUCUGAGCUUAGAAUCCAUUGUUAACAAAGGAGAUGAGGCACCAAGAACUAUUGGUCAAGUCCAUGAACAAACCAGUAGAAUAGAUUUACUCUUAGACGAACAAACAAGAAAAUUCCUUCAAGAUUGUAGACAGUAUCUUUUCGGCGGAAAAAGCUCAAAAAUUGGUGAGACAGCAGUAGUCUCUCGAGUGAAGGAGAGACGCAAUAGUUUUUGUCAAGCUGUCAUUAAAGGUCUCAAUGAAAAUACUAAAUUGAGUGAAUGUGAAACAGAUAUCCUGAAUGUGCCAAAGAAGCCUUCUUUAGUCAGAAGUUACACUGCAUUGGACAUGAGAGCAAAUGGGAGUAAUUUAGUAAAAUAUUCGCCUAUAAUCUCUAAGGUAUUUUCCCCCUCAAAAACAGGUUCUAGCCACAAACAUAGUCACCCUCAUAGCUCAUUGUCAAAUGAACAUUUUUCCUCUAACAGCGCCAGUAACUCAGCCUCACUGGAACCAGGUAUUCCUGGAAAUUCCCCUCUGUAUCAAAACAUGCCAGUUUUAACUUCAAAUAAGACUCCUUCACAUUCCAGUCCAGCCGUGAGUCCACAACAAAACGACGUGUAUUCUAACAUGAGCUGUAAAUCAAACCUAUUACUCAAAUCAGGUGAGGGAAGUGUGCUGAAACAUGAGAAGCAACUGUCUCAGUCAGCUGUCACAAGAAGAAAUUCAUCUGAAUCAAUUUCUACAAAUUUGCUGCAAGAUACCAAUUCGUUCUUUUCAUUUCCACCAUCAAAACUGAAAAUAUCCCAAGAAGAGAUCUCAGAGUCUCAAGAUGCUUUAAAGAAGUCGCCCAAGAAAGGGAAAACCAUGCGCCAAGCUUUUGUCAGCAAUACGUUUCCUCUUCAAGCAUCAAAAUCAACUUCGUCUGGCUAUUCAAGCAGCUCAUCAAUGGAGAGGACUGUUAGGCAACCGCGAAUAAAUCCUGAUUUUAGAAAAAGUGAUCCAGUCAUUCAAAACUAUUUAGAUUCCGGCUCAAACAAAAGACUGUCACAAGGCAAUAUACCAAUGAAAGAAACCGACUGUACUGCCAAACCGUAUCUCAUUCCAUCAAUCGGACCCAGGUUGAGAACAUCCCCAAAGAUGCUGCCUAAUCCCACCAUAUUGAAAAACAGACCUCUGUUUCCGCCCUCUUACCAAACUGCUUGUGCCAGUAGUGUUGUUAGUAACACAAAUCUUUCAGAACUGCAAAGCUGUGAUGCUCUCAGAAACCGUCCAAACCCAAUCAAAGCCAGUAUCUGUAGUGUCCUUACAAGCCCUCAUCAUCUUGGUAGCAGCACGCCUCCAAACAGUUGUGAAAUUCUAAGUCCUGUUAGGCAACCCAGUGUAUCAAAUGCCCGUGCCCUACCUCCUGAUCAUAGAUACAGCAAUGUAUUCACCUCUUCCCAAUCAAUGAAUCAUUCACCUCAAAAUAUACCCAUCGUUGAGCCUCAGAAGCCAUAUUUAGCAUCAAGUACAAAACAGUCUGGAUGCGGAUACAAUCCAAUAUCAGGACCAGCUGAUAAGACUGCCAAAUCAAGCAGGAGUAAGCCUCAACAUUUGAUCGCAAACCUAAAGAAGUUUCCCGAUCCAACAGGGGUUCGAAUGAGGCAUGGCUCAAGAGAUGACUUGGCUCUGUGUGGUGCAGCUUCCAGUUCCUUCAACAACAGAGUUAAACGAAAUGCAAGUGUUGUAAUAUCUCGGGGUAGCUUGGUUGAAACCAGCCUCCACCCCCAAUCCUCUACAAACUGGAACGCAUUUAAAGCAGAUGAUCCCACAAGAACUCCAUCCGUCAACAACCAUCAUCAUUACCUAUCUUGUCAACAGCCUAAAACUAGUGAAUAUGAAAACUGGUCAGAAGCACCGGGUAUAGAUCUCGAUAAAGUAGCAGCGACCUUGUCUGUAAAAGCUAGUGAUUCAUCUGAAUUCAUGCGCAAAACAUUGGAGGGUCUUCACAUUCGCAAGAGAAUACCCUCUAAUUCACCUGGAAAUCAUGAAUUCAACUCUGUCAAUUUUCAACCAGUAGGUACUCGUCAGCAAUCCAGCCCAUCGACUCCACUGAAAAAGCAGCAACAAUAUCUGUGAUCAUAUUAAUAUCAAUUUAUUACAAAAAAGAAGGAAAAAAAGUUUUGAUUUUUACCUUUUUGUAUCAAAUUAACUCGAGUUUUAUGAAUUAGAGUAAAUUAUUUUUCGUUUGUAAUUUUUUCAUUUCUGUUGAGUAUUGUAAGGUUAUGAUGUGUUAAGCAAGAGUAGCGUUUGACAUUUUGAUCAAGAAAAUCCAUCACAAAAUUCAAGUUUGAGACAUUAUUACCACAUCCUCCAUCCGGCCCUGGUCGAACUUUUUAGCGACUUCUUCCAUUACUAAAUUUUAAGACACCUCUCAGACAUAAAGGUCUCUUUGAAUAAUGAAACUAGAGAAUCUGUUAAAGAAGAUAACAUUAAUAUACUCCAUUGAUGCAAUGAAAAAACGAGCCCAAAGUUAGAACCGCUGCAUUGCGCUACAUGGUGGUGGCUAUAUCAAAAAGUAACAUAUUAUUCUGAAAUUAAUUAUAUCUUCCAUCAUUUACUUUCUAGCGCUUAAAAAUAUCUUCAACCGUUCCUGUAAUAUUUACAAAAGAGCUUUACUUUCUGUUUAACUUUCUCAUUGUUUUUUUGGCAGAGCAUAUCGUAAAAUAAAUAGGUAACUCAUGUUUA